CACGGCGGGGGCGGGAUGGAGGCCGGAACCGCCGAGCGAGGCGGGCGGGGCCGGGCCGGGCCGCGCCGGCCGCUGCCCCUUGCCCCGGAAGCGCUCGCCGUCCCGGAAGUCGCGCUGUCCAGCAGCUCGUUCUCUUUCCGCCGCCAUCUUGGGCCCCGCUCCCCGCACAAAAUGCCUGGUGAAGCUACAGAAACCAUCCCCGCCACAGAGCAGGAGCUGCCGCAGCCUCAGGCCGAGACAGCUCCAGCUGUCCUUCCUCCCGCAGCCCCUGGCACCGCAGCUCCUGUCGAAGCACCAGCUGCUCUUCAUCCUGCUCAUUCCCCAGCUCUGACUCCGUCUCCGUCCCCUGCAGCUGCCGCGGGUGCUGCCGGCCUGGCUCCCUCAGCUGGGCAGCCCGCCCCUGCCGUGGCCGUGCCUGCCCCCGCCUGCCCUCCAGCCCCUGCACCAGCCCUUCCUGCCCCCCUUUCCCCACCUGUGGUCCCCGCUGCAGUGGUGCCUGUGUUUUCUGUUCCCCCACAGCUCCCUGCCCCAGCUCCAGGGGUCCCAGUUGCUUCUUUCCCUCCUCCAGCCUUGGCUCCACAGUCCCCGACUGCUCUUGCAGCCCCAGGGUCUCCAGGGCCUGCUGCUGCCCCAGUUACCUCAGCAGCCCCGGGGCUCCCAGCCCCAGGGUCUCCUGCUGCGGCUGCUGGUCCUGUCCCGGUGACACCAGCUCCCCUCACCAUCCCCCCUGUGACUGCUGUUUCCCCCACAAGCCCUGCUUCUCCCCCAGCAGCUCUUACUUCUGUGAAAGCUGCUCCAUUUGCUGCCCCUCUGAGCCCUGCUGGGGCUGCUGCCCAGGCCCCUCUCCCUGCUCCUUCCCCAGUGUCUCCCAGCAGCCCAGGGGCCACCCCAGCUGCUCUCCCAGUAACCCCUUCCUGUCCCUUCAUGGCACCGUCUGCAACGACAUCUCCCCUGGGAGCAGGUCCCAUUUUCCUGCCAGCUUCAGCUGCUCUUCCCGAGGCCGUUGCUUGUCCUCAGACCCCAGGCUCUCCCCCCGUUGCUGCCCCUGUCUGUCCUUUCAUGGCAGCAGCCGCAGUCGCUCCAGUUUGUGCCCCCGCAGCGCCAGCCUCUCCUGGGAGCCCUGCCUCUCUGCCUUUGGCUUUUGCUUUGGCCACGGCCUCUUCUCCCCGAGCCCCAACCCCUGACUCUCCCCUGCCCCCUCUCAUUCCUCCCGAGGGCCCAGCUCUGGCGGGUGCCAUCUCUCCGCCUGCUUUCCUGGCUUCCCCCGUGGCGCUGGUCCCUUCAUCACCCCCAGCCCCUUUGAUACCAGCUGGGAUGUCACCUGGGAGCCCUGCUGCCACCCCGCAGGGCCCAGCGCCUGGCGCUCCGGUCGUUCCUUCCGUGGCCCAGACUGGUCCUGCAGGCGCUGCCUCUGCCCUGGCAGCCUCUGCUGCUGCUGGUUCUCCUCCUGCAGCACCGGCUUUGGCAGGUCCUGCUUCUCCACCGGCUCCUGUCACCCCCCUGGCAGCCAAGGCCUCCCCUGCAGGCCCUGCCUCUGCCCCGGCAGCCCCAGCUGCUGCCCCUGUUGCUGAUGCAGCACCAGCCGUGGGAGCCCCAGUCCCUCCCUCUGUGGCCAGGGCACCUCCUGGGAGCCCAGACCCUCUGGCAGUGCCUGCUGCCGUGGCAGCUCCGAUCGCUCCUGCACUGCCCAGAACCUCUGCAGCAGCUGCUGCAUCUGCCCCAGGGAAACCAGCUCCAGGGAGUUCUGUCCUGCCAGCAGCUCCUGCGGCUGCCGCCCCGUCUGUUCCCUCAGGCCCUGCCACCUCCUUGCCCAUCUCACCAGUAACGGCAGCUGCAGCCGCCCCUCCAGCGGCCAAAUCACCUCCCGCGAGCCCUGUGGCUGCCCUAUCUGCUCCACCAGCUCCCGCUGCCCCUCCAGUGGCCAAAUCACCUCCCGCGAGCCCUGUGGCUGCCCCGUGUGCUCCUUCCACCCCACCUUCUCCAGGGCUGGCAGCUCCUGCUGCCCUUCCAGUGGCCAAAUUGCCUCCCGCGAGCUCUGUGGCUGCCCCGUCUGCUCCACCAGCUCCUGCUGCCCCUCCAGCGGCCAAAUCACCUCCCAUGAGCCCUGUCACUGCCCCAUCUCCUUCCACCCCAGCUUCCCCAGGGCUGGCAGCUCCUGCUGCCCCUCCAGCAGCCAAAUCUCCUCCCGUGAGCCCUGUCACUGCCCCGUCUGCUCCACCAGCUCCUGCUGCCCUUCCAGUGGCCAAAUUGCCUCCUGUGAGCCCUGUGGCUGCCCGAUCUGCUCCACCAGCUCCUGCUGCCUCUCCAGCAGCCAGAUCUCCUCCCAUGAGCCCUGUCACUGCCCCAUCUGCUCCACCAGCUCCUGCUGCCCCUCCAGCGGCCAAAUCACCUCCCAUGAGCCCUGUCACUGCCCCGUGUGCUCCUUCCACCCCAGCUUCCCCAGGGCUGGCAGCUCCUGCUGCCCCUCCAGCAGCCAAAUCGCCUCCUGCGAGCCCUGUCACUGCCCCGUCUGCUCCACCAGCUCCUGCUGCCCCUCCAGCGGCCAAAUCACAUCCCAUGAGCCCUGUCACUGCCCCAUCUGCUCCUUCCACCCCACCUUCUCCAGGGCUGGCAGCUCCUGCUGCCCCUCCAGCGGCCAAAUCGCCUCCCGUGAGCCCUGUGGCUGCCCCGUCUGCUCCUUCCACCCCACCUUCUCCAGGGCUGGCAGCUCCUGCUGCCCUUCCAGUGGCCAAAUUGCCUUCCGCGAGCCCUGUCACUGCCCCGUCUGCUCCACCAGCUCCUGCUGCCCCUCCAGCAGCCAGAUCACCUCCUGUGAGCCCUGUCACUGCCCUGUCUGCUCCUUCCACCCCACCUUCUCCAGGGCUGGCAGCUCCUGCUGCCCCUCCAGCGGCCAAAUCUCCUCCCGUGAGCCCUGUCACUGCCCCAUCUGCUCCACCAGCUCCUGCUGCCCCUCCAGCGGCCAAAUCGCCUCCCGUGAGCCCUGUCACUGCCCCGUGUGCUCCUUCCACCCCAGCUUCCCCAGGGCUGGCAGCUCCUGCUGCCCCUCCAGCAGCCAAAUCGCCUCCUGCGAGCCCUGUCACUGCCCCGUCUGCUCCACCAGCUCCUGCUGCCCUUCCAGCAGCCAAAUCACCUCCCAUGAGCCCUGUCCCUGCCCCAUCUGCUCCACCAGCUCCUGCUGCCCCUCCAGCGGCCAAAUCGCCUCCCGUGAGCCCUGUCACUGCCCCAGCAGCCCCUGCCCCAGCUCCAGCCCCUCCUGGUGCUGGCGUGAGCCCUGUGCCUGGCACCCUAGCUCCAGAUGCUGCUGCCCCACCUGCGCCCGUCUCUCCCGCUUGCCCGGUCCUGGGGGUUCCUGAUGCCCUCCCUAAGCCAUCGGCUGGGGCCGCUGCCCCUGCAGCCUCCCCUGCUGUCAGUCCUGCGCCCCAGAAACCAGCUGCCAAGCUUCCCGCCCCUGCCCCGGGGGGUAACCUCACCCCGCCUGCCUCCUCUGCGCCUGCCGCUUUCCCCACUAAAAAGCAACCCCCUUCUGCUAAGCUCUCCAAGCCGGCCCCACGCGCCCCCCCAUCUAAACCGCCACCGAAAGCCCCAGCCCCUGUCUGUGCUGCUGUCGACGACGACGACCUGCCACCUCUGAUCCCCCCAGAGGUGCCCACCGUCGAGCCGCCUUUGCAGCCCAUCCUGGUGGACCUCUCGCCCAGAGCGGCCGUGGUCCCUGCUGAGGCCCCGGCUCCUCCAGCUCAGCAGCCCGUGCUGAAGAAUGACAAGGGGUCCGGAACAGAAUCUGACAGCGAUGAAUCUGUACCAGAACUCGAAGAACAAGACUCCACACAGGCCACGACACAGCAGGCGCAGCUUGCAGCAGCAGCUGAAAUAGAUGAAGAACCCGUUAGCAAAGCAAAACAGAGUCGGAGUGAAAAGAAAGCACGAAAGGCAAUGUCUAAACUGGGCCUUCGCCAGGUCACAGGAGUAACCAGAGUCACCAUUCGGAAAUCUAAGAACAUCCUUUUUGUCAUCACAAAGCCAGACGUAUACAAGAGCCCGGCGUCAGACACCUACAUCGUCUUUGGCGAAGCAAAGAUUGAGGACCUGUCCCAGCAGGCCCAGCUGGCAGCUGCCGAAAAGUUCAAAGUGCAAGGAGAAGCUGUCUCAAACAUCCAGGAAAACACACAGACCCCCACCGUGCAGGAGGAGAGCGAGGAGGAAGAGGUUGACGAAACCGGCGUUGAGGUGAAAGAUAUUGAGCUGGUCAUGUCCCAGGCGAACGUGUCCCGAGCAAAGGCAGUCCGCGCCCUGAAGAACAACAGUAACGAUAUUGUAAAUGCUAUAAUGGAAUUGACGAUGUAGCCAUCAGGAGGGAGGAGCCUUUUUUGGUGUUUCAGAGAAGAGUAAAAUGCAACUAAAUUUAAAAUUUGUACUAUUUCUAUCAACUAAUAAAAGUUGUGGCUUAUUGUUGGUGAAA